AUGCCAAUCGACGAGAAAGACGAAGUGCAAGCGAAGACAACCCCCACCCUCUCCUCAGAGUCUGGUCCUUGGGUUGUCCCUCAGCAUAAAUCUUCUAGUCGCACUUGGCUGUUGUUUCUCCUCGCUCUGGUCGGAGCAGGAUGGUUUCUUGGGCCCCGCUGUUCGCACCGGAUGCUCCGCACGCCCGCCACCCUGCAAGAUCGCGUGCAUAACAUCUUAACAAACACCCCGUUGAUCGAUGGCCAUGAUGACUUCCCCAUCUUGAUCCGCGAGCGGUAUCACAACCACAUCUAUGGCCCCAACUUCACCGAGUCCUUUAUCCAUGGGAAUCUGUCCGGUCAUGUCGAUCUGCCUCGUCUAAGGCGUGGCUAUGUUGGUGGCACUUUCUGGAGUGUCUUCGUUCCAUGCCCCGCAGAUGGCACGGACUUUUCCGAUGAGAAUUAUGCACCGAGUGUCCGGCAAACCGUCGAACAGGUUGAUCUCAUGGCGCGCGUGCAAAAGGCCUUUCCCGAGAUCUUCUCGAGGCCGCCCAAUGGCACCACCGCUUUGCAGGCGUUCCAGGAAGGCAAGAUCAUCUCGCCGCUAGGUAUUGAGGGCCUGCAAUCCAUUGGCAAUUCGCUCGCCCACCUCCGCAUGUUCUACGAUAUGGGUGUCUCCUACGCGACACUGACCCACAACUGCCACAACAAGUACGCCGAUGCGGCCCUCGUCGAACUGCCGGGCGGCGGUAUCAAGAAGGCGGACCCGAUUUGGCAUGGCACCAUGCGCGAUGUACUGGGUGCUGGCAAGUCUGAAUGGCCUGGCAGUCGCGCUCCAGUGAUCUUCAGCCACAGUUCAGCACACGCUCUGUGCCCGCAUCCUCGUAAUGUACCUGACGAUGUGCUGGCGCUUGUUCAGAAUACCAAGUCAAUCGUCAUGGUUAAUUUUGCUCCGGACUUUAUUUCUUGCACCGCUUCCGACAACGAUAAUGGUCUUCCCGAUACAGAUCUGGAACAUGCGACCCUGGAGCGGGUGGCGGAUCACAUCAUGCACAUUGGAACCGUCGCUGGAUUUGACUACGUCGGGCUAGGAAGUGACUUUGAUGGUAUUCCGACUACGCCGCAGGGGCUGGAGGAUGUAUCAAAGUUCCCGAACCUGAUUGCCGAGCUGCUGCGGCGGGGCGUGAGUGAUGAGGACGCAGGUAAGGUGGCCGGAGGCAACCUGCUGCGCGUGUGGCGGCAGGUUGAUCAAGUUGCACUGGAAAUGCAAGCCAGAGGGGACCACCCCGCCGAGGAUUAA